UGCUUUUGUCAGGACAAAGGGAGCACACAAGGAAGUCUUGCUAAACUGGAGGAUGCUUUGCUAGUAGUUUUCAGCUUUGUUCAACCUCAACAAGUAAGGAAGACUUAACAAUAGGAAUAUUGGACAUUUGUUAUUAGGUUUCUAGGAUGUUUGUAUAAGGAUAUUUCUUUCCAUUUUGGUUGUCAAAUAACUGCAAUAAUCUCAACAAUUAAUCUGUAUUGAUACUUGCAUUCCUGAGGUGCAUAUCUAGUUGACUGAGAAUGUAUUUGUUAUUGUUUUGUUCUCUUGGAAGACUGAGAAAAGGUUGGCCUCAAUUUUUGUAAAAGUGUUUUAUUUUGACAUUCUUGAUAAAAAUAAAAUAAUAAUUCAACUUUGUGAAAGUUAAAUAAUUCUGUAAUUCACAUACCAUUCAUUUUGAUCGAAUUGUAAAUAGGAAAAAUAGUGUGCAUUGGAAAUAAAUGAAAUGAAAUAUUAGCAACAUUGCCUAACAAUCAACCUGUAAGAUCUAAGUGUCGCGCAGCGGGUGAAAGUGGUUAGAUAGUAAAGGUGAGAUAAGUGUUGGUCUCUGCCUGAGGGAUCUCUUCUGGGGUCAUUAACCAUGACGACGGGCACAGGGGGCCCAGUGGCCUCGUUCUCUGUGUGGGACUAUGUGGUGUUUGUGGGCACACUCCUGGGGGCGGUUGGCAUCGGCCUAUUCCAAGCCAUCCGGGGCCGCAAGAACACCAGCAGCGGUGAGUUCCUGCUGGGGGGCCGUCAGAUGACAGCGGUGCCCGUUGCCAUGUCCCUCACUGCCAGCUUCAUGUCUGGCAUCACCGUGAUCGGAACGCCAGCCGAAGCCUAUCGGUUUGGGGCAGGCUACUGGAUCUUUGCCAUCUCCUAUGCCAUCAUGUCCACCAUCACCGCCGAGAUCUUUGUCCCUCUUUUCUACCGCCUGGGCAUCACCAGCACCUAUGAGGUAAGGAGAUAUACCAGGCUUUGUCAGACCCACCUGGGUCAAAUACAUUGCACUUUUGUGACUAUUCCACUGGGUCUAUUGUACUGGUCAAACAGCGAGUGCAAUCAAGGUGGAUGGAGAUAAAGUGAAGAGGAAUAGGGGAACUUGGGUAAGAGGUUGGGUGUAGGAAUUAAGAUUAAUCACCAGGGGAAAGGUGAAGAUGAGAGGGUGUGCUCUAACAUGUCUAUCCGUUGUAAUUUAACUAAUGAUUCAUCACUGAUCCAUGAAAACAAUCUAAUCCAGGAGGUGUGUCUUCUUGUUACAUCUGUUACAUUCAGCAUAUUUGAGGACUUUACCUAGUAAAAAUAUGUGACUAAUUGCCAUAAGAGUCCAUAAAAGUAUUUCCUCUGCUUUGACAAAGAAACCAUUGAUGACUUGAAAAUAAUGUUGAGGCUUUAGACCUGCAAAUAAUAAUAAUAAUAAUAAUACAUUUAAUUUGUGAAGCGCUUUUCUCAGACCAAAGGCGCAAAUAAAUAAUAAUACUAAUAAAAACAAUCCAAAAUACAGAACAUAGAACACAGACAACAAUCAAAGCUAUAUACAGGUGUCGUCAGAUCCAGAGGACACAAGAACAGAAUUAGCUGAGGUCCUUGAAAGCUUUUCUGAACAGCACAGUCUUGAGCUGUGCCUUAAAGGAGGACAGAGACUCUGCAGCCCUAUUAGUGUCUGAAAGCCCUGUCACCCAGAGUUAUUAGUCUGCUGCGGGGCUGCUGAAGGCAGAUGGACCUGGAGGAGCGAGGGGUGCGUGUGGGGCAGGAGGGUAGAAUGAGGUCAGAGUGGUACUUGGGUCCAGAGUUGUGGAUAGCUUGGUGGGUGUGAACAAGGAUAGACAGAUAGACAGACUACUGAGAAAUCAAAUAAUAUAAUAUAAUAAUAAUAUGCCAUUUAGCAGACGCUUUUAUCCAAAGCGACUUACAGUCAUGUGUGCAUACAUUUUUUACGUAUGGGUGGUCCCGGGGAUCGAACCCAGUACCCUGGCGUUACAAGCGCCGUGCUCUACCAAUUGAGCUACAGAGGACCACAAAUCUAUGCAUCUUUCUUUAUCAUCACUUCCUGAUUACCCAGAUAACAGUUCUAGGGAGAGAGAACAUUUUUGUAAUGUUUCCCGUAAUGUCCCCCUAAUGUUUGAGUGUCCAGUUUUCCAUUAGAUAGGGGAACAUUCUAUCCAUGUUAACAAAGACCUUCUGAGAACCAUUUUAGCAGAUUUUGGUGUCAGAGUUAGGAGGAACAUUCCCUUAAUUUGAAACAGAACAAACCCAGAACAUGGUUACCAUGUUCUCAGAAUAUACAAUAUUAAUGUUCUGGACACAUUUCAUGGGCGUUGCAAGAAAAUUAAUGUGUUCAGUUUUCUGAGGGUUAGUGACCUAAUGAGACACUUACGGGAAUGUUCUCAAAUAUUUUGGGAAUAUUUACAAGUGUAAAAAGCCAAUGAAAUCAGGCCAGGUUUGACUAAAAUGUUUAUUUUCUCUGCAGUAUCUGGAGAUGCGCUUUAACAAGUUGAUUCGGGUGAUCGGGACAUCCAUGUACAUCAUACAAACGGUAAAUAUUCAGUUAACAUCAUGGGAUGAAAUGGUAGGCAGUGCUUCCCUAAGGAUUUGGUGGAAACAAUAAUCUCCAUAAUACAUUAACUACAAAAAAUUGCCCUUCUCCUUUUUUCCAUUGCCUGUUUUUCUGAAGCCAUCUGGCCAUCUCAGGUAAACAUUCCACCUUUAUGAAUGUGCAUCAAGCAUGUUUACGUCAAUCAACUAAUUGCUGUGUUUCUUUCAGGUCCUGUACACUGGUAUGGUCAUCUAUGCGCCAGCUCUCGCACUCAAUCAAAGUAAGUCAUAUGCAAAGUAUCUCUGUAAUGUCCCUUAUCCAAACCACAAUAAUAUUAUUAUCUGUGCAUUGACCGAGGGUCAAUCUCUGGACAAGACUGAUUAUACAUCUUUAGCUAAUUAAAUUGGUCUGUGAUCUGAUGAUUAAGGUAUUGUCUAAUUGCUAAUGAAUUGAUGCUAUCAGCAGCUCGAAAGAGGAUAUGCAGAUAUUGUUAGGCUAAGUGAUAAUAUCAUGCAUGAUUCAUAUGUAUCUAGUUUCAUCUCAAGGAAACAGUUGAAGAGUAUUAUUUGGACAAUUCAUGUAAACGGGUCUGUACCUCUGGGUGUUUCAGUCACAGGGCUGAACCUCUGUGUGUUUCAGUCACAGGGAUGAACCUCUGGGGAGUGCUGGUGGCCACUGGGGGGGUGUGCAUCCUCUACUGUACCCUGGUCAGUGGCUCAUCUCACACACUCCCAAUCAGCAAUCAACACCUUCCCGCUGUGACAAUACACAUGACCAAGGCCAGGAGUUUUUCUCGACCCAAUGACUUGACCAUGCAGGGAAAACUCUGUGCCCCAGUUAUGGGCAAUUACUAGGGUCCAGGAAACACAACAGAACAUACAUAUGAACAUACCUCUUUUGUGCACAUGAGGUUACGGUUCCUUCCCCUGACUCCAUGUUGUAUUGUGGUUCUCAGGGAGGUCUGAAGGCGGUGAUAUGGACAGACGUGUUUCAGAUGGUGAUCAUGUUAGCAGGCUUUGUGGCCGUCAUCGCCAGGGGGGCUGUCAUCCAGGGGGGCCUGGGGACGAUCUGGGACGACUGCUACAAGGGAGGCAGGCUCAACGCGUUUGAGUAAGUAUAAUGUCCACAAACGUCAUGCAGGGAUUGAAUAGCUACACUGAUAAAAAUGAAUUACCAGCACAGUAUGACUCCUCAUAGUUUCCUGAGCGUUUUCACUUUAAUACCUUCUAAUGCAGUUUUGAUCCAGACCCUUUGAAGCGUCACACGUUCUGGACGAUCGUGGUUGGUGGCAGUGUAAUGUGGGUGUCCAUCUACUCCAUCAACCAGUCCCAGGUGCAGCGUUACAUCUCCUGCAAAACCCUAACCCAAGCCAAACUGUAAGUUGCACUCCUACCUUCCACAAUGUAGAACAAUCAUAACAUACUGGAAAAGCUGUGAAUGAAGAAUAGCAACAUGAGUGUUUGUUCCAUUUUGCUUUCUUUAAAACCCUCAGGUCACUGUAUGGGAAUAUAAUUGGUCUCUGGUUGACUGUGAGCUUAGCAGUGUUCUCCGGCCUCACCAUGUACUCCAUUUACAAAGAUUGUGAUCCAUUCACUAACGGUGAUGUAGGGGCAGUUGAUCAGGUAAGUAAGUGUAAGACAGCUGUGGUUCUUAUAGGCAUGGACUGCAUAUACAUUGCUGCACUAAUAUUAAGGAAGUCUCGAGGUUCUGCUCUCCUGAGUUAGAAUACUUAAUGAUAAACUGUAGACCAUACUAUUUGCAUAGAGAGUUUACAUCUAUAGACCGCACUCAACGAGCUGUAUAAGGCCAUAAGCCAACAAGAAAAUGCUCAUCCAGAGGCAGCGCUCCUAGUGGCUGGUGAUUUUAAUGCAGGAAAAUUGAAAUCCAUUUUACCUAAUGUCUACCAGCAUGUCACCUGUGUGACUAAGGGGAAAAAAAGCUCUCCUUCACCCUCCAUUUGGCAAAUCUGACCAUAACUAUAUCCUCCUGAUUCCUGCUUACAAGCAAAGACUCAAACAGAAAGUACCAGUGACACGCUUAAUUCGGAAGUGGUCAGAUUAAGCGGAUGCUAAGCUACAGAACUGUUUUGCUAGCACAGACUGGAAUAUGUUCUGGGUUUCAUCCGAUGGCAUUGAGGAGUUUACCAUAUUAGUCACCGGCUUCAUUAAUAAGUGCAUCAACAACGUCGUCCCCCACAGUACAUAUCCCAACCAGAAGCCAUGGAUUACAGGCAACAUCCACACUGAGCUAAAGGCUAGAGCUGCCGCUUUCAAGGAGUAGGACACUAACCCGGACGCUUAUAAGAAAUCCUGCUACGCCCUCCGAUGAACCAUCAAACAGGCAAAGCGUCAAUACAGGAAUAAGAUCGAAUCCUACUACACCAGCUCUGAUGCUCGUCGGAUGUGGCAGGGCUUGCAAACUAUCACGGAUUAUAAAGGGAAACAUAGCCACGAGCUGCCCAGUGACACGAGGAUACCAGACGAGCUAAAUGCCUUCUAUGCUCGAUUCGAGGCAAACAACACUGAACCAUGCUUGAGAGCACCAGCUGUUCUGGAUGACUGCGUGAUCACAAUCUCUGUAGCCGAUGUGAGUAAGAUCUUUAAACAGAUUAACAUUCAAAAGACCGCAGGGCCAGACGGAUUACCAGGACGCGUACUCGGAGCAUGCGCUGACCAGCUGCAAAGUGUCUUUACUGACAUUUUCAGCCUCUCCCUGACCCAGUCUGUAAUAUCUGCAGUACCAGUCAAAAGUUUGGACACACCUACUCAUUCCAGGUUUUGUCUUUAUUUUUAUUAUUUUCUACAUUGUAGAAUAGUAGUGAAGACAUCAACAUUAUGUAUUAACAAAAAAAGUGUUAAACAAAUCAAAAUAUAUUUUAUAUUUGAGAUUCUUCAAAUAGCCACCCUAUGCCUUGAUGAGAGCUUUGCACACUCUUGGCAUUCUCUCAACAAGCUUCACCUGGAAUGCUUUUCCAACAGUCUUAAAGGAGUUCCCAAAUAUGCUGAGCGCUUGUUGGCUGCUUUUCCUUCACUCUGCGGACCGACUCAUACCAAACCAUCUCAAUUGGGUGGUCAUCUGUGGAGGCCAGGUCAUCUGAUGCAGCACUCCAUCACUCUCCUUCUUGUUAAAAUAGCCCUUACACAGCCUGGAGGUGUGUUGGGUCAUUGUCCUGUUGAAAAACAAAAGAUAGCCCUACUAAGCCUAAACUUAAUGGGAUGGCAUAUCGCUACAGAAUGCUGUGGUAGCCAUGCUGGUUAAGUGUGCCUUGAAUUCUAAAUGAAUCACAGACAGUGUCACCAGCAAAGCACCCCCACACUAUAACACCUCCUCCUCCAUGCUUUAUGGUGGGAAAUACACAUGCGGAGAUCAUCCGUUCACCCACACCGCAUCUCACAAAGACACGGCGGUUGGAACAAAAAAUCUCCAAUUUGGUCACCAGACCAAAGGACACAUUUCCACCCGUCUAAUGUCCAUUGUUUCUUGACCCAAGCAAGUCUCUUCUUCUUAUUGGUGUCCUUUAGUAGUGGUUUCUUUUCAGCAAUUCGACCAUGAAGGCCUGAUUCACGCAGUCUCCUCUGAACAGUUGAUAUUGAGAUGUGUCUGUUACUUGAACUCUGUGAAGCAUUUAUUUGGGCUGCAAUUUCUGAGGCUGGUAACUCUAAUGGACUUACAGUGGGGAUAACAAGUAUUUGAUACACUGCCGAUUUUGCAGGUUUUCCUACUUACAAAGCAUGUAGAGGUCUGUAAUUUUUAUCAUAGGUACACUUCAACUGUGAGAGACGGAAUCUAAAACAAAAAUCCAGAAAAUCACAUUGUAUGAUUUUUAAGUAACUAAUUUACAUUUUAUUGCAUGACAUAAGUAUUUGAUACAUCAGAAAAGCAGAAAAUAAUAUUUGGUACAGAAACCUUUGUUUGCAAUUACAGAGAUCAUACGUUUCUGUAGGUCUUGACCAGGUUUGCACACACUGCAGCAGGGAUUUUGGCCCACUCCUCCAUACAGACCUUCUCCAGAUCCUUCAGGUUUCGGGGCUGUCGCUGUGCAAUACGGACUUUCAGCUCCCUCCAAAGAUUUUCUAUUGGGUUCAGGUCUGGAGAUUGGCUAGGCCACUCCAGGACCUUGAGAUGCUUCUUACAGAGCCACUCCUUAGUUGCCCUGGCUGUGUGUUUCGGGUCAUUGUCAUGCUGGAAGACCCAGCCAUGACCCAUCUUCAAUGCUCUUACUGAGGGAAGGAGGUUGUUGGCCAAGAUCUCGCGAUACAUGGCCCCAUCCAUCCUCCCCUCAAUACGGUGCAGUCGUCCUGUCCCCUUUGCAGAAAAGCAUCCCCAAAGAAUGAUGUUUCCAUCUCCAUGCUUCACGGUUGGGAUGGUGUUCUUGGGGUUGUACUCAUCCUUCUUCUUCAUCCAAACACGGUGAGUGGAGUUUAGACCAAAAAGCUCUAUUUUUGUCUCAUCAGACCACAUGACCUUCUCCCAUUCCUCCUCUGGAUCAUCCAGAUGGUCAUUGGCAAACUUCAGAUGGGCCUGGACAUGCUCUGGCUUGAGCAGGGGGACCUUGCGUGCGCUGCUGGAUUUUAAUCCAUGAUGGCGUAGUGUGUUACUAAUGGUUUUCUUUGAGACUGUGGUCCCAGCUCUCUUCAGGUCAUUGACCAGGUCCUGCCGUGUAGUUCUGGGCUGAUCCCUCACCUUCCUCAUGAUCAUUGAUGCCCCACGAGGUGAGGUCUUGCAUGGAGCCCCAGACCGAGGAUGAUUGAACGUCAUCUUGAACUUCUUCCAUUUUCUAAAAAUUGCACCAACAGUUGUUGCCUUCUCACCAAGCUGCUUGCCUAUUGUCCUGUAGCCCUUCCCAGCCUUGUGCAGGUCUACAAUUUUAUCCCUGAUGUCCUUACACAGCUCUCUGGUCUUGGCCAUUGUGGAGAGGUUGGAGUCUGUUUGAUUGAGUGUGUGGACAGGUAUCUUUUAUACAGGUAACGAGUUCAAACAGGGGCAGUUAAUACAGGUAAUGAGUGGAGAACAGGAGGGCUUCUUAAAGAAAAACUAACAGGUCUGUGAGAGACAGUAUUCUUACUGGUUGGUAGGUGAUCAAAUACUUAUGUCAUGCAAUAAAAUGCAAAUGAAUUGCUUAAAAAUCAUACAAUGUGAUUUUCUGGAUUUUUGUUUUAGAUUCCGUCUCUCACAGCUGAAGUGUACCUAUGAUAAAAAUGACAGACCUCUACAUGCUUUGUAAGUAGGAAAACCUGAAAAAUCGGCAGUGUAUCAAAUACUUGUUCUCCCCACUGUAUAGCCGUGUUAUUUUCUACUCCAUAUUUAUAUAGCCGUGUUAUUCACUGUGUCACAAUUUUUUUAUUAUUCUUAUCUACAACUCUGCGUUGUUGGAAAAGUACCCAUAAGUAAGCAUUUCAUUGUUAGUCUACACCUGUUGUCUACAAAGCAUGUGACAAAUAAAAUGUGAUUUGAUUUUAAUUUGAUUUGACUACGGCAGUGUUAUCAAAUGUUGAAACUGACUGGUGUGUGUUUGUGUGUGUGUCUGUGUAAACAAGCUGCUUCCAUACCUGGUGAUGGACAUUCUGGCAGCCUAUCCUGGAGUCCCUGGGUUGUUUGUGUCUGCAGCAUACAGUGGUACACUAAGGUGAGUAUACUCCAAGGGGAACCCAAAUAGAGAAUGUCUGGUUACACAAAUGUUCUAGGUGGAAAAAGUCUGGAUGGAUAUUUAAAUGUAUUGGCAUAGUAAGAAAACCCCACCUCAUGAUCCCCUACCCCGUUCUGGGUCCGAACACAUGCAGUAUUCCACUACUAACCUAUCAAUUCAUGUGUUUAACCAUGAGUUCCCAGCAGACAAAGGACAAUUCUUUCUAUUCUCCUCAUCUAUUGUCAUUGCGUCUGUUUCAGUACUGUGUCCUCCAGCAUCAAUGCGCUGGUGGCUGUCACUGUGGAGGACUUCAUCAGGCCAGCGUGCAAAAACCUGACAGAGAAACAGGUGUCCUGGAUCAACAUGGGCCUCAGUGAGUUUCACACAAAACAAUAACCGUCUGACAAAAUGUCAUGACUGCCACAGCCCUAUGUAAGACUAACAAAAUGAUAUGUGGGCUCAUUCAAAUAAUAAUGUGAUACAAAUAUACAAGGUCAGUUUGACAUUUUUAAAAAUGUAUGUACAUUAUAUGUUAUUACUUUACAUGGAAAUAUAUUCCUAAUCAUCAUAUGUUUAUGGGAUAUUUAAUUAUCUUUGGACAUAUUCCAGGUGUUUUCUUCGGGGUUUUGUGCAUUGGGAUGGCUGCAAUAGCUUCACUGAUGGGGAGCAUUUUGCAGGUAGGAAAACGAUAAUCAGAAGUGGCUCUGUAGCACCACCUGCUGUCUAGGAGUCAUCCUCUCUACUUUAUGUUUCCAACCGUUGUCUCUUUUCAGGCAGCACUCUCCAUAUUUGGAAUGAUCAGUGGACCUCUUCUUGGACUUUACCUACUAGGCAUGUUCUGGCGCACAGCAAACUCAACAGUAGGUAUUCCCAAUCUUAUUCAUAUCAAUGUCAUCAUUCAUACUCAAGACUGAUUUACUCAUUACUCAAAGAGAAAUUAACAUCUGUAAACACUAUAAAAAUCCUGACAUACAAAUCAAGAUUUUGGUUGUUAAAUACAACACAAUGUUAAAGGUUAGACAAUAUAAUAAUUACAUAUACAUGUGAUGUAUCUCUAUAGGUAAGACUGUACUGAGACUGCUUCCUUGUGCCUUGCAGGGGGGACUCACAGGGCUGAUUGUGGGCCUUGUUAUUACCCUGUGGGUAGGGAUUGGAGCGCAGAUAUACCCACCCUCAGCUGAUAAGAUCAACCCUCUGCCAAUCAGUGUGGCAGGCUGUAACCGCACACAGGACCUGAACUACACCACCCUGGCCCCAUGGACCAGCGCAGUAACACUGACCCCUCUGCCUGAGUGAGUUACUCACAGUCACUUUAUAACCCCUGUCUCCAAAGUCACCCUAUUCCCAAUAUAGUGUACUACUUUUGAGUAGAGUCCUAUGGUCCUUAUAGCUAUGGGUUAGCAGCCUUGUUAAACCAGCCUGAUCUUGCCAGCUCACAUUCUGUUUCACUGAAAGGAAUCUGAUUUCACGAGGCUAAUGUGUAAGGGGAGCUGAGCUAAGGUUGCUCAGGUAUGACUCUUUCAUCUUGUUGUUACAGUGACCGACCAGCUCUGGCAGACUCAUGGUACUCUUUGUCCUACGUGUACUUCUGUCUUCUGGGCACUCUGGUGACUGUGAUCGUGGGCCUGGUGGUAAGCGCUAUCACAGGUGAGGAUACCUCCUUUAGCUCUAACCCUAACAGCAUAGUGCAUGAUAUGAUUAUUACUGACUUCGUGACCUGAACAGGACAAACUCCUGGUCAGGUUUGUUUAGGAAAUACUCCUGGCCCUGGGUAUAAUGACAGGCUGGUUCAAAUUGAUAUUGUAUGCAUUUAGUUAAGCUAGACAUCUUUCUGUGUUGUGUCUUUCCAGGUGGCUGCAAGCAGGAGAAUCUACGCUCGGAUCUCUUUGUAAGGAGAAGUGAUCUAUUCUGCGCUGGCUGUGGCAAGGACUCAGAGGUAAAGCAUCUCCCCACCACCUCAACCCUCUCUCUUUCAUUUUAUUCUCUCUCUCAUACUGUAGGCCCACAUCUGUAUGAAAUGUUCUGUGUCUGUGUCUAUCUGUGUGUGUGUUAACUGGCUCCUGGGUGGUCUUUGUGUGUCUUCCGCAGGCAUCAGACCCUGAGAUAAAUGAAAAGGCUGGGUCAGAGCUGAAGAAAGGAUCAAACAACGCUGGAUUCAAAGACUCUCAACUUAACAUUGUGGAUAAGGAUGUGGAGAAGGUCACUAAAAUGUGAUGCUGCCACCAAGCUAAAUACACGCUGUCUACUGGAGUGCUCCAAGAGAACGAUUUGUCCUCUCACAUUUCCAUUCUAGUUUUAUUGUAAUGAAAUUAAUUGCUAAGAAAAGGAAGCCCAAGUGUGUAAUUAUGCAGAUGAAGUCUCUAAUCAGCAAAUGUGUGUGUGAGUGACAUGUCUCUAAGAACAAAGGACAAGCAUUUCUAACCCCAUAUUCAACAGGGUCAAUACUGACCGUGGGUCCCGACAAAAAAAAAUAGUAUUUAUUUUUACUCAGUUGGGCAUUCAAUUUACUGCUGUCGAGAGUUGUAAUAGCAGAGAAUGCACAAGGCAGCAUUUCAAAAUGUGUUAGUGCAUGGGCAGUUUUCCUCUAUUUAUGUCACUCACUGACAGACCUUAAAGAGCUAUUUAAACCUGUCAGAAAUUUCCAGUUGAUCAACUAGCUAGCCUAUGGUAGCUAGGUAGGUAUGUUAGGCUAACCAGCUAUCUAAAUCUUGUUGUUAUCAUCAGAUUACUUGACCAGGGGCCUCAACACCC